AUGGCGCCGACGACAUCAUUGCUGCGCUACGUGUGCGGUCUUGUGCUACUCGCUUGCUGCGCCCAGGCGCUCAGGUUCGACCUGCAUGCUACGAGCACCCACGAGGGCAAGAAGGAGCGAUGCAUUCGCAAUUUCGUCGCUAGGGACACCUUGGUCGUCGUCACGGCUAUUGUGGAUGGUUCAAAGGGUGACGGCAUGACUGUCAACAUGCACAUCAAGGAUGCUGUUGGCAACGACUACGGAAAGCCCAAGGACAUUGCAGGCGGCGAGAAGCGUGUCGUCUUCACCUCCCACGCAGACGCUGCCUUCGACGUUUGCUUCGAGAACAUCCUCUCUGGCUCCGGCCGCAGCGGCGCAACGAGUCGCCACAUUGAGCUCGACAUCGACAUUGGCGCCGACGCAAAGGACUGGAACGCCAUCCAGGCGACGGAGAAGCUCAAGCCCGUCGAGGCGGAGCUCAGGCGCAUCGACGAGCUCGUCAGCGAGAUCAACACCGAGAUGGACUACCUGCGCGCCCGCGAGCACAAGCUGCGCGACACCAACGAGAGCACAAACACCCGCGUCAAGUGGUUCGGCAUCGGCACGACGCUCAUCCUCGUCGGACUGUGGGGUUGGCAGAUUAUGUACCUGCGGGCAUACUUCAGAUCCAAGCACCUGAUUUAA